GUGGCACUUCUUCAACCGUAGACGGCACGAAUGGGGCUCUUUUCCAGUGACCAACGGCCUAGACCACUCUCAGGGCAGUCGGCUACCCGGAAGGCUGUGCAGUUUUGGUAUCUCUGGCCAGCCUCUGGACCUAACUUUCUUACCCUACCCAACGUGGAAAAAAUCACGUCUACAACGCAAUAUAUAACAUCGAAUCUUGAUCUGCGGGCGGCCCAGAAUCCCCUCCCUUGAUCACCCCUCGAGGUUGCCCGAGUACUAGCUAUGCGACAAGCUCUCUGAUGGCAUUGCUGGACUCGACAGCGUCCUAUCACGCACAUCCGGUACCUGCCGGGCAACGAAUGCUCUCGGAGCUAUCAAGGUAGGAUUCGCUGCCGCGCGACCCCUUCCUGAUCCUCCGUUCUUCUCAUCGUCGAACAUCACGGUAUGCAUUCCAUACUGAGUAGACUUUACCGCCCCGAAAGCUCGAUUGGUACGGAGGGCUCACAAGACCAACCGGCGCCUUCACCCACAUAUUUGCGAAAGCCAUCGUCGGCGCAGAAUGCUCUUGAGGAUACAAUCUUGACGGGCCUUGCCGAACUAGGAGCUCAUCGAGUAGGUUGUCGCCACGCCUUCGUCACUCUGCUGGACAACAACGAACCGUAUGUGAUCGCGGAGGCAAUAAUCUCUCAUACUGCUGGGGAUGAUGGAAGCAAGAGGAGUUCCUUGCUCGGCUUAAAGACCUUGGGAUUACAGGCAGAUAGAAGCUAUCCUGCCAAUGGUUUCAAAGAACCACUGAAUGGCUCUUGUCGCAUUGUCCUGGAUAUUCGUUCAGACCAUGCUAUUGGCGGGCACCCAUUUGUCACUCGAUGCCCCAAUAUACGCUUCUACGCGGAGAUUCCCCUGCGUAGCUCUUCAGGCGAUAUCUUUGGAACAUACUGUGUUGCUGACGGCGGUCCCCGCUCGUUAUUUGCCGAUGGCGAGGUUAGUACUUUGAAAGAAGUAGCAGGUUCCAUCGUCAGCCACCUCGAAAAUAUCUGGACACUACAUAAAUGCCAAAAGUCCGAGCGCCUUCUCGAUGCGCUCAGGGAGUUUUCUAAAGGCCAAUCUAGCGGCUAUACGGAGCGAAAUUUCCACAGCAGCAGGGUUGCUUCGGGUCUGGUCGGACCUCAGUCAUCGGAACUUCCCGAUAUCAAUCGUAUCUCGUUGUCAACGGACACCAUGCAUGAUAGAUUCGGAUCAGAAAAACCAAAACCCCAAGACAGGGCGCAUUCACCAUCGUUCUUCAAGCGCAGUGAUGUUCCAAAUAAGGUGCACUCAUCUGCUGAGGAACACCAACAGCAUAUCAGGAGAUGCUCAGACGAGUCUAGUAAUUUGGUAACGGUAUCAGAAGGUGCUACAUCAUCUGGAACCUCCGCCCUGCUUUCUUAUGCUAGUGUACUGCUCCAAGAGUCUAUGAAGCUGGAUGGUGUGUUAUUUUUGGAUGCGUCACGCAGUAACUCUCGGAGCUUUUCAUCUGCCAGUGUCAGUGACUGGGAUGGCCUUAGCAAAGAUAGCGAUACAUCUGCACCUCCUCAGUCUCCUGCGCUUUCAUCCCAAGGUAUAUGGUCCGAGAAACAGUGUGACGUUUUAGGCCACGCGUUAUCUGAACAAUUGCCGGGCAGCUAUAGCGACUCAAUUCGUUUUGGCUUGACAGAAGGCUUGCUUCAUGAAAUGUUCACGGCAUUCCCACAUGGCGAAGUGUUCUACCCCCAAGGCCCAACGCGACGUUUUUCAGUACAGUCCUCGAGUAGCCGUGGCCAUAGCCGACAAGGUAGUGACGGCGGCCGUUCCAUCCACCAAGGUAUUACACUUCGAUUAGGGUUUGACUUCCCCGAAAGCAGGUCCCUGAUAUUCCUUCCAUUGUGGAACUGGGACAAGUCUCGAUGGCUUGCAGGUGCGAUUAUGUGGGUGAAUGACAAGCAACGAGCAUUGGGACCGGAUGAUCUAUGUUUCUUGAGAGCAUUUGGAGACUCCAUCGUUGCCAAAUACUCGCAGCUUGGAUGGUGUGCCACGGAAAAGUCGAAGUCGGAUCUGCUUUCAUCGGUUAGCCAUGAGCUGCGGUCGCCCUUGCAUGGCAUGCUUGCUAGCGCCGAGCUGCUGCAAACAACACGUCUAGAGCCUGCCCAACGAGAUAUGCUUACAAUGGUCGAAACCUGCGGUCUGACAUUGUUAGACACGAUGAACUACCUGCUGGACUUCACAAAAAUCAACAACUUAACGCACCUAAGUAAGGCAGGGGAAUCUGUUGGACCGGCCUAUGAUAAUCUGACUACCGACUUUGACCUUGGGACGCUGAUAGAAGACGUCUCUGAGACCUUGUAUGCUGGCCAUCGGUCUCUGAUCAACGCUGCCAAAAUAGCGGGUCGGUAUCUUCCCAGUGGUGCCGGUGUCGGUGGCAGAUCCAUUGGUACCGAAGUCAAACAAUUGAACAAUCCUGAUGAUCUGUCUGUCGUCGUUCGCAUUGAAGAACAAAAAUCGUGGUCAAUCCAUUCGGUCUCAGGUGGGUGGAGGAGAAUCGUAAUGAACCUCCUGGGGAAUUCGUUCAAGUUCACUCGCUCAGGUCUCAUUGAAGUCACCUUGUCCAAAGAGGUGGAGGGAGUUGGCGACCAGAAGACUACUUUUGCCCACCUGACGAUCAACGACACAGGAUGCGGAAUAUCAUCAGAAUUCCUUGAACACAAGCUUUACCUACCUUUCGCACAGGAAGACGUGUUGACUGAGGGAUGCGGACUAGGUUUGAGCAUUGUCCAGCAAUUAGUGACCAACCUAGGCGGCUACAUUGAGGUACACAGCCAAGUAGGCGUCGGCACAAAGGUUGAUGUGCACGUUCCCAUUGAAUAUGCCGUUCAAACAUGUUCACCCUCGGCUCCACUUAAACGUGGAGAGGGUCCAGGAUCGCGGAUCAUGACUCGGGUUUGCCUGGUUGGUCUAAAUCCAUAUACCGACCUUAAGGGAGUCCGGAAAGGAGUUAUCUCGACCGAAGCGAAGCGGAAGUUGUCAAUUCGCGGAGCACUCAGUAAUGUGCUUCUCAGCCAGCCCGGAUGGAUGGUAUCGUUUGCCGACUCGCUUGAAAAGGGCUCUGGUGACAUUGGGGUCGUCGAGGAGUCCAGCCUCAAGAAGAUCGCUGAAGCUGGUCCUAUCGAUACCCAGUUCAACACGAUAAUCGUGCUCGGUGAACAUGGGGUGUCUCUCCCAGGAAACUUUGCCAUUAAAAACGCGGAUAUUAUCUAUCUCUCCCAGCCACUUGGUCCUCGCAAACUUACUGAUGCGUUGCAACGGUACAUCGACGCGCAUCACGAAGCAAGCCCCUUGUCCGAGAGCCCCAUUGCAGGUCCGUUCUCGGGAUUCCCUGGCCGUGGGCGCUCCUUAUCUGAAGCAUUCGCUGCUGCGAAGGGGUCGGAAUCGCCUCCCAUGGUCAGGGAAAAUGUCGCCGAGCUUUCGCCGUUUCCCACUCCCCAGGCCCUAAAUCAGAAGAACAUACACGUUCUCAUUGUGGAUGACAAUGACGUGAAUCUGAAGAUUAUGGCUACUUUUAUGCGCAAGAUAGGUUGUAGCUACGAAACCGCAACCAACGGACUCGCCGCACUGGAGAAGUACAAAGCUUGUGCAGGACGAUUCGACUAUGUCCUCAUGGAUAUCUCCAUGCCCAUAAUGGACGGAAUAGUAUCUUCGAGCAAGAUCCGCGAGUAUGAAGAACAAAACUCUCUACCUCGAAGCACUAUCAUGGCAGUUACUGGGGUGGCAUCGAGCUCAAUGCAACAGCAAGCCUUUGCGGCUGGCAUUGACGACUAUCUGGUCAAGCCACUGUCUCUUCACGACUUGAAACGAAUUAUGAAUGUUGAAUGAGUGUUGGCGUUCUUGUUAGAGGGCCGGGGGGAUUGGAGUAUGGCGUGUACGCAAGCGAAUACCUGUUUUAGUACUUCUUAAGUGGUCUACUAGGGCCGAUAAAAUCACAUGAAUGUCUCCCGUUUGCUUUCAUUCUUGAUCAGCCCAUUACGAGGUCUGCUGGACUGUUGUGAUCCGGGUUGGCGUGAAGACGUGUACGUAUGUGCAAUCGACAUGAGUGGAAUUGUACUAUAGCCAACGAUCUAUUGCCCUGAAGCCGUGACAUGUAAUUGACGUUAUUGUGCUUGAAACUUGGCCGGUAAUUGCACUUCAUAACUCAGUGAUCAAUUACAGCUGCAAUGAACAGAGUCUUACAACUGCCCAAUUUACACUUUCAUAUAACCGGAAACACCCCUACGGGUAUUUCAAGUAUAUAGGCCGUUAGUCGCUAUUUUAGAGCCACUCUUUAACAGCAUUGUAAGCAUCGUGUGAAGGUCCUAUGCACAGGAACAUUUUUCUCUUGUGGAAGUCAUCGUUGCUAGCAAAGCUGUAGGGAGACUUUGACCCUCAAAUUGAAGACUAGUUUCAGCAAAGUUGUAGAUAUCUAGAGCAGGCCAACGGGCACACCCGAAAGAGCGGGUGGGGCAGCUUAGUGCUUACUAGUUACUGCUAGUAGAGACGGUUCAACUGCAAGACAUGUUCGGCAAUGAAAAGCCGGCGGA